AUGGCUCAAACACAUGUAACCACUGAUUCGUUGGAAAACGGAUUUAAUUUUUCAUCUGUUCAUCAACUAAGUUCUGUAUAUUCUUGCAAGGGGACAUGUAAUACAUUGUUUAUUAAUAUUACCUCUUUCCUUUAUCGAGGCUUCUUACGGUGUUGUUUGAAACAAGAUCCGUCCCUUGGAGCUCUGUAUCGCAGAGCUUUUGUUGCAUCUCUUGCUUGUGUUGCCCUUACAUGGAGUUUUCCUCUUUCCGUUUUGACCCAGUUUUGGUAUGGAGGUGAAAGAUGUACUCCAUUAAUAUCCUCAAGAAAUGUUUCCUCUACCUCAACAGUCUACAUUAGAACACCUCAACAAGUCUUCGUUUCAUGUACAUUACACCAGUUUGUCUUUUUUGGAGCUUCCUUCUUGGCAUCCUCUGCUUUUGUUUACUUAUUCUUUAUUCCUUCUGAUAACACAUGUUUCCUCCUACCCUCGUUGAACGAGUAUCUUAAACAAGCCAUCAGAAAUGGAACUAGUCCUGGCCAAUGGAACACAGUGCUCUUGCACAAUUUUGUGUUUGAGGAGAGAUUUUACAAGUACCUCCUCUUCGUGAUAGGUGUCUGUUUUUGUAUCUGUGGAAUGAACGGUGCAAUGAUCGUUUCAAUUAUUGCUUUGAAAAUUUUCCAAUUUUCUAAUAGUGCAUGGUGUGUCUCCGUUUAUGGAAGCCUGUUGUGUAUUGUAAUAGCAUUCUUAUUCUCUUGUAUUGCGAGACGAAAGUUGUUGAAUGAGUAUGGAAACCCAAGAAAUUUGAGGAACGAAUUGAUGUCAAUGGUUAAUCAAGGUACUGAGGAAUAUGACGACGCUGCUGUAACUAAAAGCAGUUAUGAUGAGUUUAUAACAGAAAAAGACAAUUCCGUAUUAGUUGCAUGGAAAGCUGAAGAUGGGAUGAAUGAACUUCGUUUUGUUCCUGUUUUUGUAUCAGAAAUUUGUACGUACCUUAAAGGCACCACUUUUCAAACAAGGGGGAAUAUUAACAACGGGGUAGAGGAAUAA